UAAAAGAACUUUUCUCUCCAGAGUGUGUGUGGAAUCGUGUAUCUCGGGUAUACAUGUGGUGCAUAUUUCAUGACUUCACGUUUAUCUGUGUAAUUGGUUUUUCAAUAACCUGUCAAGCCAGCUGAAUCAUCUAUGUGUACAUGUAUUCAAUGGAAUCACUAUUUCUUCUUUGUGGUACCUGUAUUGUGAAAAUCAAACAAAGGAUUAAUCGUUCUAUUUUUGGAUCUUUGUGCUGAAUUUAAUUCAAAAUAGUUACAUGUUGUGUUAAACAACUUAGUGUCGGCUUUUGGAUUUUUGGAUUAAUGAUACAAUGCAUGUUUAGAGAUAUGAGAUGUGUUUGUAAAGCAGCGAUUUAAAGAGCUGACUCAGUUCCUGGUGAUAAAUAUGCAUUUACAGAAUGAUCUGGAGGUUGAAGAUGUUUCAUAGAGGAGUAAUAUAAAUGCCAUACAAAGUACCAACUAACUUCAUCGUGAUGAGCCCACUACCUGUGAAAAAGAGAAAAUCCACAUGUUCAUUUGGGAAAAUAUCUAUAAAACUUAUUGUUUUGACGUUUAUAGGACUGAUAAUUUAUGUUAGCUUUAACAUGAUGUUGUCGUCUGCACGAAUGUCAGUGAUUGUUGAUAUGUCAAUCAAGAUGAGAAGUAAUGUGAUUGACGUUCUAAACAGUAUCGUUAAUCUAUCAUCGGCUGAUUCUCUUAACGGAACUUUCUCUUUAAAAUCCAUCCCUGCUAAAGAAAACAAAAGGCAGCAAGACGAACAUUCCGUACUUUUUCAGUUUACAGACGAAAAAUUAAACUCGUUUCACAAGAACUUAACAGCGCGAGAAAAACAACUAAGUGUCGAUUCAGUAAAAGAAAUUGUUAGAAAUCAUCAAGAAAGAAAUGGGAAUAAAUCGAAUCACUCGGAGGUUGACGCCCCCAAACUUGAUGAUAAUACUUUAAACAAAACAAGAGGAUAUGGAAAUGACGUCAAGAAAAUACCAGAAAAAGUAGAAAAGAAUGAUAUUGUCAACAAAUACGGAAAUAAAGCAAACACGAAAACUAAAACACGACAACAUAAUUGUACCUCAUGUUUCGAGCACAACUUCAAUUACGUGAUACAAAACAAAAAUAUAUGUCAGUUAUAUUCUACAAAUCAAACAAUAGAAUUAUUAAUCCUCAUCAUGACGACACACAAAAACAAUAGAGCAAGAGCGGCACUAAGAUCAACAUGGUUGUCUGUGACGAAACACAAUAAAGGCAAUGUGAGAUACGCCUUUCUCCUAGGUGAAAUCACUGAUAAAUGGCAAAAAGAAGCUGUCCUAGAGGAAAAUAAUAUUCACCAUGAUAUUAUAAAGGAAGAUUUCAUUGACACAUACAUGAACUUAACUUACAAAACAAUUAUGGGUUUUAAGUGGGCAACAGUUUUUUGUCAGACAGCUCUUUACGUCAUGAAAACCGAUGAUGAUAUGUUUGUAAAUAUUUCAAAUCUUUUGAAAAUGUUAACAGAUACAAAUAAAGAAAAACUACAGACAUCUGUUAUGGGUGCAUGCAACUCAAAAGCCAGACCAAUUCGAAGCCAAAAAUCGAAAUGGUUCGCCUCCGAGGACAGCUACCCGGAUAAAUUCUACCCAGGGUUUUGUUCAGGGACGGGUUACGUCACAAGCAUGCAUGUGGCAAAAGAAGUAUAUUUGAUAUCACCAAGUGUUCCUUUCUUUCAUUUAGAGGAUGUGUAUGUUUCACUAUGUAUCAGGAAAUUAGGCUUCAAACUUCAAGCUAUGCCUGGAUAUAAUGCAGGUCGACCAAAGUUGGAUCCAUGUGUAUAUAAAGGAGACAAGUUGAUUACAGCUCAUCAGUUAUCACCAAUUAUGUUACAAAUGAUAUGGGGAAAACAGUGUAUCAGAAAACCUACAUAGAAAAUAGAAAGAAUGUGUAUAUGUGUUUCAUCUUUUUAGCGUUGUUUAAUGUAAUCACACCAAAGAUAUGAACUUGACACUAAACGUUCAUAUUUAGUUCUUUGAUCAUCACAUUUCACAGACAUGUUUGAUUUUAAGAUGUACUUCGUUUGUCAUCCUUUCAUUGUUCCAAGUUAUUAUAUAAACAUAUGGAAUUAGGAUAUGAACAGGAAUUAGGUAAUAUUUUGACAAUGUCUGUUUUUACCAUAUUACUCCCGCUUUUGAUUUGUUGAUGAUUAACUAAUGUGUUAUAUUAGACAGACAAAUAAGAGGAAAAUGGAGAAAUACAACAUACCAGAGCUGGCUGAGGUUACUUAUUCUCUACUGGUUCCCGUUCUAUUGAAUCUUCAUCAGGAUGAAUGACUUACAUUUUACCACGUAAUUAUAAAACAAACAGCAUUUACUUAUGUAAAGGCAAAUUAAGUGUAGAAUAAUGUAAAUACAUGUAUGUAAAUAUUUUGAUUUUUCAAAACUUAAUAUAAUAUUAAUGUUGUGUUACAGUGUCCAAAAAGUACUAAAUGUCCUCAUAGCUUGGCAAUCUUUGCUUCUUUUGCAUUUUUGCAAUUAGUACAGUUAUAAAGAUUUAGUAUUUUGUAUGGAAGUCACAUAAUCAUUUUGUCUUUAUCAUAAAUUAUUUUCCAUUCAACCUAUUUUUUCAGAUGCUAAGCAUCUUAUAUGUUCUUAUUACAUUAUUAUAAAACACAUGUUUUCACUUUCUACAGAGGGAACAUAUUCAGCACAGGGGUAAAUAAACUACAUGUAUUCAAAUGUUUUGUUUUUCAUAA